UUCCUCCACUUUCUUUAUCCCAUUAAACCAUUUUGAACAACUUAUUGUGUGAUAAUUUUAGCACAAAGCAAUAACCAAAAAGGCAAUUACAAUGAUCAAGUUGAGGUGCAAAAAGUUCUUCAGAAGCAAUUCGAAGGUUGCAAGUAAUAAUGCCGCCGCGACUGUCGCAGCUACUGCGACAGGAUUAGGCGGCGACGCCAAAUUAAGUGGUGAAAUAAAGUGGGAAUUGCGUCCAGGAGGUAUGCUAGUUCAAAAAAGAGAAAGUGUAGAGAAGGAUGGAGAAUCAAUCAUCACCCUUAGAGUCUCUACUGUUACUCAAUGGCAUGACAUUUCUAUACAAGCUACUUCAUCUUUUGGAGAAUUAAAGAUGAUACUGGCAAUGGUAACUGGUUUAGAGCCAAAGGAGCAAAGGCUAUUAUACAGAGGAAAAGAAAGAGAAGAUUAUGAAUACUUGCACAUGGUGGGGGUAAAAGACAAGGACAAAGUGUUACUCUUUGAAGAUCCAGCAAUCAAAGAAAGGAAACUUCUUAAUUUAGCUGCAACAAAUGGACGUGUCCAAGUCAUAGGAUCCACUUACCACACCAUUUGUGUCUAAAAA